AUGGGUAAGGGGAAAUCGAAGGCCGAUGGUAAUGAAGUGAGAACUGGGUGGAAAGAACCUAAGGAACUAAAAUCUUAUUGUGAUUUGUCGGCUACUCAAGUCCUAGACAGCAACAGAAAUGGAGGAUUUUUUAGAAAGGAAGGGGUUGAUGCAGUGAUUGAGCAGUUGGGUGAAAUGGGAAAAGUGGUGACUCACACGCAAUUUAAAAACAAAUGGGAUCAUCUGAGAAAACAGUGGAAGGCUUGGAAUGAGUGUUUUGGUGAGACUGGGUCGGGUUAUGAUCCUAUAACUAGGAUUAUUCAGGCCACUGACGAGUGGUGGACCCGAAAGGUUCAAGCAUGUCCCAAGGCAUUAACCUUUAAAAACAAACCUUUGCCGAAUGUUAAGUCCAUGGAAAUCAUGUUUGAAGGCACGGUUGCAACAGGGAAAAAUGCAUUCUGCACGAGUGGUAAAAUACCAAAGGAAUGCACCGAAGGGUCUGGGGACUCCACUGAUAGCAAAGAAUUUGUUGACCCCCAAUGUGAACCCUAUGCGAACUCAGUUGACCCAAUAGAGGUUGAAGGCCCAGCAUCGUCGAGAGCAAGACCGGUAGUGAAUAAGGGGAAAGGCUUGAGCAUGUCAGAUGUUAUUGUUGAAAGUAGAAGUGUAAGUGUAAGUACUCAUACACCAUUUUGCACCACAACAGCUAAUGAGAUGCAAGCAAUUAUGGGUAUGGUGUUGAGUCUUCCUAGGGUGCAAGUGGGUGAUCGCCUUCAUAUAUUCAGCACCUUCUUCUUCAUGAAUAACCUAGACGAUAGGAACAUGUUUGUAGCUAAUGUUCAGAGUAAGGAGGUCCAGCUGAGGUGGCUAGAGAAGCAGUACGAAAUGAACCCUCAGUUUCAUGUUCUCUGA